GGGGGUUGAAGCAAUUAUGCUAUGCCAUAGAACAAAGACCAACUUAACAAAUUAUAGAAUUCGAAAAAUACGUAAAAACAAAGAAAAAAGAUUAUAUUUUAAAAACCACUGAACACUAGACUAUAAAUUCUGUAGGUACCUCUUCUGCAUAAAAACAAAAAUUUGCCGAACCUUUCUAUAUGUUUAUAUUGUAGGUAGUAUGUGUGUUGUUACAUGUGGAAUCUGUGAACCCUCUAAUAGUUAUUUAUAACGUAACUGUUUAUUUUACUUAUAAAAAAAACGUUAUGUAUUUUCCUUUGUGGCUCAGUAUUUUUCUGAGUAUCAAUGCAGUAUUAUCAGUUGUUAUUUCUGUGGCAUGGUUAUGCCGCAAAAAGAGAAGAAGCUUGAAUGUUUGUCAAUCAGAUCAGGACGCUUCAGCAAAAACGAAGAAAUCGGAAUUGAAAAAUGAAGGUACCUUCACAGCCAAUAUCCUAAGAAAUUUUGAAAAUGCCACAGGAAAAUCCGAGCAAGAUCUAUUGGAUACAACGUCAAAUGACGGUUCAAAAAGGUUUUGUGAAAGAGGAUUAUAAAAUAUUAAUUCCAAAAUACUAAUAAAAAAAUCAUUCUUAGGUUUGAAGAUUCAGUAUUGUUUAUAGAAGUAGAUAAACAGAUAUUGAAGUAUCACAAAGAAGAUAUGCGGUCAUGCAGAAGUACUGAGUCACUGAAUACGUUUUAUUCGGUGAGUUUUUAUUUCCAGCGUGUAGCUAUGACUUUUAAAAAUGGUAUAUUAUUUUGUAAGCCUGAUGAUUAGGCAACCAUAUGCUGUCCAAAAAGAAAGGGCACCCAAAGAAGGAUCUGAUAGAUACAGGGUGACUUUGAAGUUGAGUAAUUAAUUUUCAGAUAAUGAUUGUAGAAGGAAGAUAAACCAAAAUAUGUG